AUGAUCACCGGUCUCGUCGGCAAUUUGCUGACAAUUAUUGCCCUAUGCAAAUAUCCCAAAGUACGCAACGUUGCGGCAGCUUUUAUUAUAAGUCUUUGCGUGGCAGACUUCGUGUUCUGCCUCCUGGUGUUGCCGUUCGACUCCAUCAGAUUCGUCGACGCGAGUUGGGCGGACGUGAGAUUUCUGUGCGUUCUCGUACCAUUUUUAAGGUAUGGGAACGUUGGCGUGAGUCUUCUUUCCGUUGCAGCUAUCACUAUCAAUAGGUACAUUAUGAUAGCUCAUCACGGACUGUAUAGCAAAGUUUAUAAAAAACAUUGGAUCGCUAUUAUGAUCGUGUUUUGUUGGAUUUUCUCAUAUGGGAUGCAAGUACCUUCUUUGUUGGGAGUUUGGGGUAAAUUCGAUUACGAUCCGAAUCUGGACACUUGCUCCAUCGUGAGAGACAGUAACGGACAUACGUCGAAAACUUUUCUUUUCGUCACCGGGUUCGUCAUACCCUGUUUAGUGAUCGUCGGAUGCUACACUAAAAUAUUUUGGGUGGUGCACAGAUCCGAGACGAGGAUGCGAAAGCACGCAGCACCGACGAUAAAAUCUCCUCACACACCCGGAAGAGAUACCAGAGAGAUUAAACAAAGGCGUAGCGAAUGGCGAAUCACGAAGAUGGUCCUCGCAAUCUUUCUCAGCUUCGUCGCUUGUUACCUUCCAAUCACUAUCGUUAAAGUCGCUGACGUCGAAGUCAGAUAUCCAGCGUUUCACGUUCUGGGCUAUCUUCUCCUGUAUUUCGCGUCAUGCGUGAACCCGAUCAUUUACGUGAUCAUGAACAAACAGUAUAGGCAAGCGUACGCGGGCGUGAUUGGGUGUUCCCGGAUAUGGCCGAGCCUAACGCCUUUCGGAAGUAGCGCGCCCGGUCAUCAUCAGCAGCAGCAGGACUACGGCCAAGACUACAGCAAGACGAUGGUGUCGACUGUCUCCAUCGCCAUGAACCCUGUUAGGAAUCCUUACUUCGAAGAGGAUCUUUAAUUUUGGGAUCGUCUCAGCCAAAAGACAAUAUUUUUAUAAUUAAAAUUAUAAACAAGCCAAAAAAAGACUAUGAGAAAAUGAAAUUCUUUAUGUAAAUAGAAAAUAGAAUUAUUUUAAGGAUAUAUAGUAUUAACUGCAUAAAAUUAACGAUGAAGCAGAAUGAAUAGACAAUUAAAGAUCGUUAAAAACUGCAGUGCUAUUA